AUGCUGGUGCUAAACUGUGCUACCAAAUUACUGACCCUGGAAAAAGUGCUGAAGGGUCACUUUCCCGAAUCACUCAAGGUUUAUGGAGCAGUGAUGAACAUAAAUCGCGGGAACCCCUUUCAAAAGGAAGUGGUAUUGGACUCAUGGCCAGACUUCAAAGCUGUCAUCACUCGGCGGCAGAAAGAGGCUGAGACAGAUAACCUGGACCAUUACACAAACGGCUAUGCUGUGUUCUACAAGGAUGUGAGAGCUUACCGACGGCUGCUGGAAGAACGUGACGUUAUCAACUGGGACCAGGUUUUCCACAUACAAGGGCUGCAGCGUGAGUUGUAUGACGUUUCCAAAGCUGUUGCCAACUCCAAGCGGUUGGAUGUGAAGCUAAGUUCCAGCAAGGCGGUCCGUUUGUCUGUGGUGUCAGCUCCGCCAGACACCAGUCUCCUAAGGACUUCUCCCCCUCGACUCACCUACCUGAGUGUAGCGGAUGCUGAUCUGCUCAACCGGACCUGGUCGCGGGGCGGCAAUAAGCAGUGUCUCCGGUACAUCGCCAACCUCAUCUCCUGCUUCCCCAGCGUGUGUGUCCGCGAUGAGAAGGGGAGCCCGGUCUCUUGGUCUAUCACAGACCAGUUUGCCACCAUGUGCCACGGCUACACCCUGCCGGAGCAUCGCAGGAAAGGGUACAGCCGGCUGGUGGCCUUAACCCUGGCCUGGAAGCUGCACAGCCGGGGCUUCCCCGCGCAGGGCAACGUCCUCGAUGACAACGUGGCCUCCAUAAGCCUCCUGAAGACCAUCAAGGCCGAGUUCCUGCCUUGUCGCUUCCACCGGCUCAUUCUCACCCCGGCAGCUUUGUCCAGCCAAGUUCACCUCUAGCCCAGCGAAGCAGCAGGCAUCAUCUUCCGUCCCCUGAGG